AUGUCUGUGUCCGGCCAGCACGCUUGGAUCUGCGUUUAUCGAGUGGAUAAUUUCACCGGUUUCCUUCCGGCUCAGGUAAAUCAAGUAUAUUGCAAUGAGGCCAACCUACGCAACCAACGAGUCUUGCUUCUCUUUACUAUUUUCUCCCUUUCUUCUGCUCGGUUUCUCUCUUCAUCUUUAUUUCACCCCUUCCGCAUCUGUUGUGCAUACGAGCCACAGGGUGCACAUGAUGGAAUCCAAGCCAUUUGUGGACAAACAAAUAACUUUUAA